AUGAAAGGUUUGCUCUCUACAUUAAAUCGUUCUGUUCUUCAUUCCGUCAAAGGUUUUAAGAAUGUACCAAUCAGAGGUUCUUCAUCAUUGAAACAUUUAUUUACUACUCCGUCAUCAUCAUUACAUGUCUCAUCAUCAUUAAAUUUAUUUAUGAUGAAUAAUAACCUAAAGCCUUGUAAUUAUACAACAAGUCUUAUUGUUAAUAAUAAUAAUAAUAAUAAUGAAUCAUCAACAAGUAAACCUUUAAAUCAAUUAGAACAAUCCAUGUUACAAGGAAUUACUUCUAUUAUUCAAGCUAAUAAUGAAUCUUUUUCAUCAGGUGAUUAUAUUACUAUUCAAAAAAGAUAUGAACAUAUUGAACAUUUAAAAUUGAUUGAAAAAAAAGAAGAAUUAAUAUUACCAUUUUAUAAAUUAGAAUGGAAGAUUGCAUGUGUAUUACAAAUAAUUGGAGAAUAUGAACAAGCAGUUAUUAAAAUUACUAGUGCAUUAAAUUCAAAAGAAGGAAUUGAAGAAAUUCCACAAAUGAAAAUUAUAAAAGCAUCAAUUUUAAAUAGUAUGGGAUUAAAUGAUCAAGGAUUUGAAUUACAUAAUAAAGCUAUACAAGAAAUUGGACCUAAAGUAACAUGGAAGAAUGGAUUAGAAGCAUCUUUAGCAUUUCAUGAAUUGGGUGAAUAUUAUUUAAAUAGAGGUGAAACUGGAAAGGCUGUUCAAAAUUUUGAAAAAUCACUUUCAAUUAGUGAAGGUUUUUAUGGAUGGAUGUCACCACAAACAACUAAAACUGCAUUAUUAUUAAGUAGAUUAUAUUUAGAAACUAAUAAGGUUGAUUUUUCUGUUAUUUUAGGUGAAAAAGCUUUAAUUGGUAUUGAAUUAUUUUUAGAUUUAUAUGAAGCACAAUUAAUUACAAUUUCAGGUUCAUAUUUAGCAAGAGCAUAUGAAAGAAAAGGUUUUUAUCCAUUUCAACAAUCAACCAUUUCAAGAGUUUAUAAUAUUUUAAGAAGAAAAAAGAAUGAAACUGAUACACAAACAUAUAUGGAAUGUGUUUUUAAAUUAGAAAAUAUGAUGGGUUCAUGUAGAUUCUUUCAAGGUCAUUUAAAAUUAGCUGAUCAAACAUUUACUAAAUUAGAUCAAUUAGCUGAAUCUGUAAUGCCUGAAUGGAUUAAAAAAGAUUCAGAAGAAGCUCAAUUUGAAUUAGCCUAUAUGAAAUAUUUUAAAGGUAUUUCUAAAAUUGGAUUAAAAGAAAAUUCACAAGGUAUUUCUGAACUUGAACAAGCAAGAAAAAUAUUUUUAAAUUUACAAAGACAAGAUUGGGCAUUACAUUGUGAUCAAUAUAUUAAUAAAAAUUAA